AUGCUGGAGGAGGAGGUGGAGGAAGUCACAGCGGCACUUUCCCGUGUAUGCGUCAUGCGGGACGUCGAUGCUCUUGUCCUCCGCAGUGCUAGCUGGACGUCUGAGGAGCGUCAGGCGUGCCGUCGUCGCGAGGCGUGGCGGGAGCGGCGGGAAGCGGAGCUGCUCGGGCAGCUUGGCGCGUGGCAGGCAAAGUUUGUUGGCGGCUGGGAGGAGCGCACCGCGGCGUGGAGGCGCAGCGGUGCGGCUCUUCGCGAGGUGGAGGAGGAGUGUUGGGCGGUGGCCAGUCACAUCACGCUGUCAGACUUGGUGUCGGGUCCCUUCGCCAUGCUGGACGAGUGCAGUUGGCUCUUCUCCCCUCUGGGGCCCUGCGCGGGGUUGUUUCGGGCCGUGAUGAAAAGGGACACGGAGGGGGCGGAGCGCCGGGACGAGGCGGCGGCGGCGGCGGCGCUCGCAGAGAACGUGUGCCCAGCGACCACAUCCGGGAUGCGGCAAACCCGUCAGCUGCUCAUGGAGUCGCGCCGGGCGUGGCGUUUGCUGGUUUUUGCGUGGGGGCGUUUUCUCCUGGCGCAGAGGGAGCGGCCGUCCAGCGCUGUUUGUUUGGUGUUGACUUCAGCAGCAGCGCAGUUUUUGCGCAUGCGCAGGCGUGAAUUCCAAAAGACGCUUGCAACGACGGGGAGGCGGACGGGCGGUGGUUUGCCAUCCGCAUGA